UUCAACGCAAACACAAAACAACGCGCAGCACACACAGCAACCACCCAAACCUGGCAGUAAGAGCAGUCGAGAGGCAGUGAGAGAGAUUGCUAUUAAGCUCGGACAUCGCGUAAACUGGACGACAUAUUCCUUGGAGGCACAGGUAACCGGUCUUCGGCUCUCCUGGAGGGUUGGUCGUACCAGCUAGGGCAACAAGGUGGGAGGGGGGGGAUCCGCCGCAACCAGAUAUGUCGGAUCAAGCAACAGACAAACACGCCGUGGCCGAUGACGGCGAGGUCGGGAUCGAGGAAGAAGUGAGAGACUUCGCCGCUCGUUUCGCGCGCCUUGUCGUCAGCCGCGCCUUCCGAGAAGGCGGCGGCAGUGGCAGCGAAGGUGGCGGCAGCGCUACAACCGCGGCGGCAGCCUCCACGACUCCACGGCCAGCAGGCGCUGCUGCUGCUUCUGCUGCUGGCGGUGACAGCGGUAGGAACCCCGGCGGAUCGUCGUCGUUGCGACCGGGUGAGCGGAGCGCCUUGGGAUCGUACGUGGCGGAGGCCGAGCUCAGCCUGCGAGGGUCGCAACGGCUCGGGGCGCAGCUCGAGAAGGACGCCAGCAUGCUGCGGUCGAAGGUGUUUCCGGCCUUGCUAGAGAACGCCCGAAAGCUGCACGCGUUGUACGUGGCCAUCGACCGGAUGACCGAGGAGGUCAUGCCUGAGGUGGAUGCGACGGUCAAGCGGAUGGAGAAGGCCGUCUACGAUCUCGAGGAGAUGAGAAAGGAGCAGGUCGACACGAGAGCCCCGCACGGGUCGUUUGGGCUGGGGUUGGCCCUGGGGGCCGGGCUGUGGUUCCCUAAGAUGAAAGAGAAGGGCGUCACCGUUCCGGAGGUCUUUGACACAGACAAGCUCUUCCGAGUCGAGGAAGGUGGUUUGGCUCCUCUUUAAGGCGAACGGACAGGGGAGGCGAUCAAAAAGACGUUUUUUUCGCCCUGACGUGUUGGUUCUGUAAGAACAGGGCAUGAGGGCUUCAUAACAUUCCGCAUUGUUGAGGGAUCGGGGGCCCGUCACAACUUUUCCGUCGAUGUAGAGCGUGAAGCAGGUGUGGCUGUCCAAAAUCGGGGUGUGGUUCACUCUUUCAUUUUCUCUGCUUUCACACGUCUUUUUUCGGUGCUCGGGGACCAGCCAUCUGCCGUCGUCCUUCAAUUCUUCCACUCUUGUGUAUAUAUCGUGAUGGCCUCGUGGAAAGAAAAUGAUUUUGAUAUCAACACGAAUCUCGUCGUGGACAGUUUCAAACUCUCGUAAAGAGACAAGGGUCAGGUGCAUCCUAGGUGCAUGCUCCAAAGGAUAAUGUUACUAUCUUUCGCGGCACCUUCCGAUGCUUUUGAUCGAUCGACGUUCUUUCGCCGAAGUGUCCGUUCUCGUUAAGGAGUGAGUGAUUGCCUGACUACUCUCGGAGCUGGCGCCUGU